CCGCUUCAUCGUUUCCUAUCCAUUCUUGCAGUGUUGAACGAAGACUGGGGCAUGUCCCUCAGAAAUGGGAGCGAACAAAAGUAUCCAUUUUAGAAGAUCAAAGCUCGACGUUGGAGUUGAUUUCAUUCAAAAGCUAUGUAUGCUAGCCCCUCACAGGCUAUCUAGUGGUAUGCUUUCUCUGGCUAAUGGCAGCCUUCGCUUGAGGCACCCUGGCCUAUUUUAUUACAGCGAUUGGCUUGAUUUGUUGUGGCACAAGGGGCUGCAUGAUUCAAAUCUAUUGGCCACGUAUAGGCAUCUUAGACCUCUAGGUCUUGGUCCCCCAUCUCUGACCAUUAAGCAUUCAGUUUCACCCGAGGUUGGAAUCCAUGGAAUUCCAUCCAACAAUUAUUCCAAUUCCCUAACUCGAGGUGUAAGGUUGUCCAACUUUUCAAUUGGGUAUGAUUAUAUUGAGCCUUCUGAAUCUGAUUCUACUAAAGCCAAAGCAACCAGUGUGUACUUUAAGCGUUUUCACUUUACGCACGAUGGAGGUCGCUCUAUAAGCACAGAUCGAGAUGGUUUUUCACUGACUCGCAGUGGAGGUCCAUCUGACAACAUGAUAGUCGUUAGUCAAGAAUCUCGAUUUGAAGAUGAAAGUGAACACGGCUUUACUAACUAUAGUGUUCGGAUGGAACUAGGGACUCCAAUUCCACCAACCUUGUUAACCUACUACCGGUUUGAAAUUUCUGCUGCAAGAGGAAUCAAACUUGGACCAGCAUUGUUCUUCUCACGGAUGAGUGGUGGUUCAGUUAUGGGAUGCUUUGCUCCAUAUCAAGCAUUUGCAAUUGGUGGUCCUGGUAGUGUGAGAGGCUAUGGAGAAGGUGCAGUUGGUGUUGGACAGUCGUGUCUGGUAUCUACAAGUCAAUUAUCAAUCCCAUUGAACCAGAAACUAACAGGUGUUAUCUUCCUGGACUGUGGAUCUGACCUGUGGAGUAGCCAUAAAGUUCCGAACAAUCCAGGAAAGAGGCAUGGUAAACCAGGAAUUGGAUUUGGUAUUGGGGGUGGCAUUCGAUUCAAAACCCCGUUGGUUCAAAUACAAGUUGAUUAUGUCAUUAAUGCCUUUCAUAAAGGAACUGCAUAUUUCGGAAUUAGUGAUCUGGUUCUAUGAAUGCUAACAUGGCUUAAUGUGGCCACAUUUUCCACCUUUCUUCAUUCUUUAGUUUGAACACAAUAACGCUGGAUGUUACAAAAAGGACUAAAACUGUGACUUGAUGAGUUUCUUAUUAAGAUCGCAGUGUGAAGAAUUUUUGCUGGUUUUCCAGACAGCAACCUACUAUGUCUAGUGUACAUAUUCCACAUUCUUUGUACAUUACAAUAUACAUUGUUUCACCAAUAGAGCAAGUCAAUGAGCUUGAUUAAUGUCACCCUUCAAUUUGUGUUAGGACUUCCUUGCCCCAUGACGUGUUAUUGCUAGUGCUAGUUCAAGUUUAUGGAGUUCAUUUGUAUGGCAAUCUAUUUGGCUUUAACCUAUUGGA